AUGAGUCUUUUAAGAUCUUCCCCCAACGAACCUCGCAGCUCUUCACAACCUGAUCUAUCAACAGUGUUGUGCAAGGAAUCGAAAAUUACUACACGGAAGCGAAGAUUACCCGAUCACUGUGAGUGCAAACAAGAAGUACUAGAUCUGAGACUAGAAAUAACUCGUAUGUCUACCCUCUUGGAGCAAUUUAUUGCAACACAAAAGCAAACCAUGGAUAUGAUGCAAAAUAGUAUAUCUGAUAUAUCAAAUGAUCUCUCUAACAAGCAGUCUACUUCUACCCUAGUGCUGGAGCAAGGUGUUCUUCAAACUCAACUUGUGGAAAGGAGAAAAAAUAGCCAUCUUGAAACCAAACUUAACGUACAGCAUCAACUCGACCGGAUGAACAACAUUGAGAUAAAAGGGAUACCCGCGAAGAAAUCCGAAAAUCUAAUUGAACUGGUCGCGAGAAUCGGUGAAGUGAUAGGACAGCCAGUGCUACCUCGGACAAUGUACCAGAACUCGCACUUCAUUGAACAUAAACCAAUUAUUGUGGGUUUCACUAGACGGUAUCUUAAGGAGAACUUCGUCGCAACUGCGAGAUCUUAUAAAACGCUUUCGACCGACCAGAUUGGCUUCAACGGUACCCCUUGA